UGAAUCAGUGCGUCGUUUUCAAAGUUCUUCGUUCUUCCAUUCUUCGCCGGUUCGUGAGUUUGAGUCCAAAAACGCUGAAAUAAUGGCUGAUGAUCAGGGACGUGGACGCAGGCGUCCACUUAAUGAGGAUGAACCCUCAACUUCUGGAGGAAAUAGAGAUGGGCCGCAAAGCAAAAUACUCAAAGGAUCUUCAUCGGAUGGCUCGCGGCCAGGUGACUCUAGAACAGAUCCUCGUGGAGACCGCGGUGACAUUCACCAUGAUCGAGAGAGAGAGGUGCCUGGUCCAGCUCCCAGACAAGAGGAACGUGGACUUCCAGCUCCGAGGCAAGAGGAACGUGCACCCCCAGAGCGUAAGCCGCGGGGUGACCACUUUGAUAUCGUGAAUUCCCGUCCGGUUGACUUGGUAUCCAAAAAAGGAACGGAUGGAAAACCAGUAUUACUGCAAACAAAUUUCUUUCGACUAAAUACUAAGCCCGAGUGGCGAAUCGUACACUACCAUGUGGAGUUCGAGCCAAGCAUCGAGAACCCUCGCGUCCGUAUGGGAGUUUUGUGGAAUCAUGCUAGCCUCCUGGGAUCGGGAUACCUUUUUGAUGGAGUGCAACUGUUCACCACCCGUAAAUUCGAUCAGCAGUUAACCGUUCUUGCUGGGAAGUCUAAACUAGAUAUUGAUUACAAAAUAUCGAUCAAGUUUGUUGGAUUUAUAUCUACUGCAGAGCCUCGCUUUUUGCAAGUUUUAAAUCUAAUAUUGCGCCGCUCGAUGAAAGGUCUAAAGCUGGAGUUAGUGGGUCGCAAUCUCUUUGAUCCACGGGCUAAGGUCGAAAUUAGAGAGUUCAGAAUGGAGUUGUGGCCUGGCUACGAAACUUCGAUUCGCCAACACGAAAAAGAUAUUUUAUUGUCUACCGAGAUAACUCAUAAAGUCAUGCGCACUGAAACGGUCUACGAUAUUCUGCGACGUUGCUCGCAAAAUCCAGCUAGACACCAGGAUGAAUUCCGUGUGAAUGUUUUGGAUUUGAUUGUUUUAACAGAUUAUAAUAACAAAACCUAUCGCAUCAAUGAUGUUGACUUUGGACAAACUCCAAAGUCGACAUUCAGUUGCAAGGGUAGGGAUAUCAGUUUUGUGGAGUACUACCUAACUAAAUAUAACAUACGCAUUCGGGAUCAUAAUCAGCCGUUGUUGAUAUCAAAAAAUAGAGACUCGGCUCAAAAAACCAACGCCAGUGAAUUGGUGAUCCUUAUUCCUGAGCUUUGCCGAGUGACUGGUCUUACUGACGAUAUGCGAUCAAACUUCCAGCUAAUGCGUGCCAUGCAUGGUCACACGCGAAUGAAUCCCAAGCAACGCAUAGAUCGGCUGCGAAAUUUUAACCACCGCUUGCAAAGCACUCCAGAAAGCUUGAAAGUACUGAGAGACUGGCACAUGGAUCUCGACAAGAAUCUCACAGAAGUAAGAGGCCGCAUAAUUGAACCACAGAAAAUAGUGUUUCAACAUGGAAAAGUUCCGGCUGGAGAAAAUGCCGAUUGGACAAGAUCCUUUAGAGACCAAAAGAUGCUAACCACACCGACCGAAGGCCUCCAUCGCUGGGCAGUCAUUGCUCCAGAACGAAAUUCUCGUGAACUAAGAAACUUGCUGGAACAUUUGUUUAGAGCAGCUGGUGGAAUGGGGCUCAGAAUUAGAAACCCCCAUGAAGUGAAAAUUUACGACGAUCGCACGGCAACUUAUGUGCGAGCUAUGGAUGACUGUGCUCGAAUGGAUCCCAAACUGAUCUUAUGCCUGGUCCCCAAUAACAACGUGGAAAGAUACUCGUCGAUUAAAAAGAGAGGAUAUGUUGAUAGAGCUGUGCCAACUCAAGUUGUAACGACUAAAACGGCUACCAAUCGAACCCUAAUGAGCAUCGCUACAAAAAUAGCAAUCCAAUUGAAUUGCAAGAUGGGAUACACUCCCUGGAUGAUCGAGCUUCCCUUGUCUGGGUUAAUGACGAUUGGAUUUGACAUUGCUAAAAGCACACGUGAUCGCAAGAAGGCUUACGGAGCGCUGGUCGCUUCCAUGGAUCUUCAACAGAACUCUACAUACUUCAGUACCGUCUCGGAGUGCAGUGCCUUCGAUGUGCUGUCCAAUACCCUCUGGCCAAUGAUAGGCAAGGCCCUGCGUCAGUACCAUCGAGAGCAUAAGAAGCUGCCCACCCGUAUCUUAUUUUAUCGGGACGGUGUCAGCUCAGGUUCUCUAAAGCAGCUAUUCGAAUAUGAGGUGAAGGACAUCUUAGAAAAGCUGGAAGCGGAAUACAAGCGUGCCAACUCCGCUCCGCCGCAGGUCGCUUACAUUGUGGUAACCAAAUCGAUGAACGCGCGUUUCUUUCUCAAUGGACAAAAUCCACCACCUGGAACUAUCGUAGAUGACGUUAUUACUCUCCCCGAGCGCUACGAUUUUUACCUUGUUUCCCAGCAAGUUCGACAGGGAACAGUGUCGCCAACGAGCUACAACGUCCUUUACAGUAACUUGGGUAUAAGCCCAGAAAAAAUGCAAAAGCUCACAUAUAAGAUGUGUCAUUUGUACUACAAUUGGUCAGGCACAACACGUGUGCCUGCGGUUUGCCAGUAUGCGAAAAAACUUGCUACCCUUGUCGGUACAAACCUACACUGCAUUCCGCAAAAUGCGCUGGAAAAGAAGUUUUAUUAUCUAUAAAUCUAUGUAUUCAUUAAGAAAUCUUUGAAUCUUAACAGGCAGACCAGGCCUUUUUGUUUACAAACAUUUUCCUUUUACGUUAAGCAUAUGCGCAGAAAAUAUGGUUCUACCAUAAAAUGUUUUCAAUUCUUUUGGCAAGAAAACGCAUUUAAAAGCCCUAAGAUUUAAAAUUAUUUUGACUUCCACAAAACUUGUCUGUUUCUAACAAUCAAUAAAAAAAUUUCAAAACCACGAAAAA